UUCCAAUGUUUCAGGUUUGCCAGCUUCUUGGCAAUGCCACAUCUCAGAUGAGCGCCAACCAGUCAGUGCCCUACCUGGUGGACAAUGAGAGAUGGGUUGGUUAUGAUGACGAAAAGAGUCUACAAGAAAAGGUGAAAUACGUCAUUGACCACGGCUACGGAGGCAUCAUGGUUUGGGCCCUGGAUCUGGACGACUUUGGAGGAAUCUGUGGCAAGAAGUAUCCCCUCAUCCACGCCAUCAAAGAUGCUUUCAACACCAUUGUAGGCAAAAGACAACUGACAGACUACGGUACGAUUCCCCAGGGCAACGCUGUGGCUCCCACUCAGAACUUCAAUGGAGGCGUCUCUGGAAACUUUGUGUCCACCUUCUGUGCUGACAAGACUGAUGGGCUUUACCCUGAUGCCUUGUCCUGUGAUUACUAUUACACCUGUACAUUCGGCCAGACCAUCAGAGAGCCGUGCCCCUAUGGUACAGUGUUCCACAGUGCCAUACACGUCUGUGACUUUCCACAACCUGAUGGUGGAUGCAGCUAAUCCGGGACUGAGCUGUGGGUGUGUUACCUAAG